AUGGUCGGACCUCGGGGAUCUCGAAAGGCCGGUCUUGGUCGCCCCGGGGGAAGUGGUCGCCCCCGAGGAAGCCUGUUUUUUCGCGCUCACAACUUCUUCGUCUGGACCAUGAAAGUAGAGCCCGAAGAGCAGCGAUAUAGGAGUAUUGAGAAUCAUCUCAAAGAAAGGGUCGACCAGAGUGUGGUCGAUCAAACGUAUUACCAGGCAUGCUUCGAUCUACUUGACGCAAAACAGAUACCAGUCGACAGCUUGACAGAAGAGGUGCGCAACGCUCUUAGGGAAAACCGCAAAGAAAUAUAUAAUACAGCCUGGCCAAAGCUCAUGCAUACAAUGCAAGCUACUUCGGAAAACCAAUUGGUUGAUCCUAGGGUCGUUCCCACCAACAAUCAAGUGUUGGAAAUAGCGAGGCAGGUAACAGCCAUGAUAUGGGAUCAUCUUGAGCACUUCCGAGUCAUUCAGUUCCCGUUCAUGUGUCGUGGUAGGUAUUUUCUCGGAUACCCCCCUGGAACCUUUAUUUUCCGAUACAUGAACCCCUUACCACUCACUGAAAGAACGAACACCUCGGACGCCAUGAAUUUCAUAUUCGAAGGUCAAGUCCCUCGAAGCUUCUAUGAGCACAAGCUACGCCUCGAAUCCCUCUGGAAGCCAGCCUCGGAUUUAUUCAUCAGCACGAUUCAGCUGUACGUCGGCAGAGGUCACAAAGCCAAAUACCCAAGACUAGACUUCGUACGCCAAAGAAAGAUGAUAGGUCUUGAUAUGUUCGGACCCAUCUUGGCAGAUUGGAAUUCUUGUUCACUCGAAAGCAGUUUCGUGUUUCCUAGCCAAGACACCAAGAACAGCAUUGCGAAUCAUGCAGUGACCCAAGAGCUUGCGUGGCUUACAUUUCAACUCAAAGAUGCGCCUGGAAUCAACGGAAGUGCUCAUUCGCAGGAACUAGAGAACCUUCUCAGAGCUGCCACUGGUCUAUCACUGCCAGAACUUGCAGGCUUCUGGGAAUCUCAGCUGGAAGUCAUGGCCUGGGGGAAGUUUUAUGGUGAGAAUCGCCAAGAUCUCUUUAUCUACGAAAAUCAGUCUCAUGAAAUGGACAUCUGGACCCUCUACAGUCUACCAGCCUUCGACAACGACUGUUACAACCCAAGUGUCGAGUAUAAUUUGCCCCGAUUGACAGACUGUCGAGCUGCACUCGAACCGUACGCUCAAUUGAUUCAGCAAAAAGUUCGUCAGGCCCACGAAAUAGCCGAGCAAAGCAGACAAGUCCAAGUACAGUUGAAUGCGCCAUUCCCUGCACAGAGUUGA